GUCAGAGUUUGAGACCGCCGGCUGGACGACUGGCUAGUGACAGCAGCUGACAAGCAAGAUAAACCACAUUUUCGCCUCUGACUUGUAGAGAUUACAUUUACGAGAAGACAAAGAAGAUUAUGGUUAGAUUUUUUAAACAUGGCACAUAAUAAUAAUACGCUAUUACAUCUCUUCGCAGGCGGAUGUAGUGGCACGGUGGGAGCCAUCGUGACUUGUCCUCUGGAGGUGCUGAAGACCAGGCUGCAGUCGUCAGGCCUCGCGCUCCGGCCCGUGUUCCAGGUCCAACUGGGCACGCUCAAUGGUACUGGGGUCAUCAGACCAGGCUCGGGCACCGUUACGCCACCUGGCCUGCUGCAGGUCUUACGGUCAAUUCUAGAAAAAGAGGGACCAAGGUCGCUUUUCCGGGGACUGGGUCCCAAUCUUGUUGGGGUGGCCCCUUCAAGAGCUAUUUAUUUUGCUGCCUACAAGAAGUCUAAGGAGACGUUCAAUGGCUUCUUCGUCCCCAACAGUGGAGUGGUGCACAUGUCCUCAGCUGGCUGUGCAGCCUUUGUUACAAACUCCCUCAUGAACCCCGUCUGGAUGGUUAAGACCAGGAUGCAGCUGGAGAGGAAGGUACGAGGGGAGAAGAAGACGAACGCGCUGCAGUGUGCCCGCUACGUUUACAAGACCGAGGGCAUGAGAGGUUUCUACCGGGGUCUGACGGCGUCCUACGCUGGCAUCUCCGAGACCAUGAUCUGUUUCCUCAUCUACGAGACGCUGAAGAAACGCCUGAACGAAGCGCGCUUCACGUCGCCGAACAGCGAAACGGAAAAAGGGGCGUCGGAUUUCCUAGGCCUGAUGAUGGCGGCUGCCUUCGCUAAGGGUUGUGCUUCCUGCAUAGCCUACCCACACGAGGUGAUUCGGACAAGGCUGCGAGAAGAGGGCAGCAAAUAUCAGUACUUCUUCCAGACAGCCCGGUUGGUGGCAGUGGAGGAGGGCUACGCUGCGUUUUACAGAGGACUCAUUCCUCAGCUUAUCAGACAGAUCCCCAACACAGCCAUCGUCCUCUCCACCUACGAACUCAUUGUCCACCUGAUGGGAGACUCCUCGCAGUAAUCGAUAACAACAACAAUGACGACGACAACAACAUGGUAGCUAAGGAAAAGACCAGUUUUGGUCGGCCCAUCCUAGAUGGAAGGGCAACACAAUGUAGUUAUAUCCCAAGGCACAUUGGGCAAGAAAAAGACAAUUGUGAAAUUGCAGAAUUUCUGUUUUGUUGGAAAAGACUGGUUUAGAGACUGUUGGUUUCUCUUGAGGGAAUUUGAAGGCAGGUUUUACUGUUAUCCAAUGAACUGUAACUGAUUUUUAGGAUACAUCCUAAAUAGCAAACUAUCCCCUAUUUAGUGCACUACUUUUGACCAGGGUCCAUAGGGCUCUGGUCAAACGUAGUGCACUUUAUAAAGGGGCCAUUUUGGACUCUAUAAUAAAACUUUUUUUUUUUUUUUUUCAUUGAAGCAUGUUAUUUAGAAGUUGUUCAGAAGAAUUUAAACUCCUCUAAGAAUUGUGGUACUACUGACAGGACAACUCUAGCCUGAGUCCCAGAUCUGUUUGUGUUGUAUCGCCAACUCCAUUGCUGUCAUGAGUUGAGUUGGCAAGACGGCACAAACGUAUCUGGGAUUCAGGUAGGACCAUAUGAGAAUAACUGUAGUUGUUUUCAUACAAGAUAAAGGGGUCAUCUGAAUAGAAGAGUAUUGUUUUAAAUUGGAACUAAAUUAUUUUGUAUUGUUUUGUUAUUAUGUUGUCUGACUUUCUCUGAUGCUUAUAAAUGUUGAAUGUCCAAAAGAUCAGUCAAGGUCUUGGGCUACAGGUUAUAUAAUUUUAUGCUAAUUAAGGAAGAUCAAGGCAUAGCUAGAAUUGUUCCUUGCAAGCCACCACACACCAUCCAUCAUGAUAGUUCCUGCUUAUUCAUUUACUACCAUAGUGAUUUUUGAAGUGUAAUUUUUAAUUAUUUUCCAUGACAAAUACAGGUUAAUUUAUAUAUUGUGUUAGAGAACAUAAUCGUCUUUUUUUUUUCUUUUUUACACUAUAAUGACAACGAAAAAGCUUAUUUGACCAGUGGCUCAAUAAAAUUCGGCUUAAGUGUUCGGUUCAUUGUUUUUGAAUGGUGUAAAACUACAGUAAUCUGGUUGAGAAAGAUGGACUGAACUAGUGGUGUUAAGAUUUCACUUGGUGGUUUACUGUAAAGGUGCUGACUAUGUUAACUGGGUUUCCUCACAAAUCAAACCACACUUACAUAAAUUAUUUUCACUUGAUUGAA